AUGAACGAAUCCGGGUUUACGAAGAAUUCAGAUACUUGCCGUCUUUCUCACGUUGGAUGCGCCAAACUAAGCCGUUCAAUACCAAAAGGUAAUUCCUACGUCGAGGCAGACCCGAGCAUAAACGUCCUCAACGACCAAAGAGAAAAUCCCCCAAGCUCCUCAAACCUAGGUAACAAACUCCUCGGUUUUGCAACCAGCAAAAUACAACAAGCGAUCAAAUGGCGCGAUCUCAACAUCAUGUUCCGAAAGGGUCUGGAUUGGACUACCGUGGGAACUGGAGGCAAAAGCCGCGUACAGAUAUCGAUCUCCAGUGACAAUAUACUCCAUUACGUGCCGGAUAAUGCCAAUACUGGGGAUUUGAUGUGUCAAAUUGAUGAUAAGUGA